AUGUGGCAAGGGUACCAACAUUUUCUCAAGUCAAGAGGCACCUUGGUCAAAACUUUGCAGAACUGCGGAUAUCAUUUCCAGGAGUUCCUUCUCUCCCCAACAUGUCUCGGCAUUCCAAAUUCAAGGCUGCGGUACUUUCUGAUUGCUAAGCUUCAGUCAGAGCCAUUUGCUUUCCAGACCACCAAUAAAAUUCUUGAAACUUUUCCUAGUACAAAUGAAUCGGAAUCAACAAGAACUGGCAGUGAUUUGGGUUUGGAAGAGCACCCGCAAACAGACACAGAUCAGAAGAAAGCUGCAAGCAGCGCCCAGUGCCCAGGUGGAGGAUUCGUAUACAAGUUGGAAACGGCUGAGGACCUGCAGAGAAAACAGAGUCAGGACAAUGACUCCUCUAUACAGACUCUACAAGACUUUUUAGAAGAGAACACUGAAGAGAUCAGCCAAUACCUUCUGCCUCCAAAGUCAUUACUGAGAUAUGCUUUAAUCCUGGAUAUUGUAAAACCCACAUGCCGAAGGUCAAUUUGCUUCACAAAAGGAUAUGGGCAUUAUGUAGAAGGAACGGGUUCCGUCUUACAGAUGGCAACAGAUGUAGAGAUCAGCUCUGUGUAUAAAUCACUGGAAACAUUGUCUGACGAGGAGAAACUCGCUAAACUUUCCACAAUGAAACUGAGAUACUUCACACCGAGAGAAAUUGCAAAUCUUCACGGAUUUGCAGCAGAUUUUGGUUUUCCAGAAAAGAUAACCUCAAAACAGAGGUAUCGGCUGCUCGGGAACAGUCUGAACGUGCAUAUUGUUGCCAGACUCGUCACCCUCCUACUUCAGUCACAUUGA